AUGUUGCUGCCAAACCCUAAUAUCCCCCUGCAACCUCAGAGGAACUGUGAAACACAGGCUGCAACUACACAAAGAGUACCAAGAAAGGAACUCUGCAGCACAGGCUGUGACUGCAAAGACUGGACCAAGAGAGCAGACCAAAAGAGUGGGGCCAAGAAAGAUCUCAGUGGCUCUUUGAGACACAGGCAGAGACAGUACACAGAGCAGACCAAGAACCGUUCCCACAAAGACACAGAAUACCACUGCAAGGAUAUGACCAAGAGAAAAAGAUGGAAUGUCUCCUCCUGCCCUCCCCUAUCAGGAAUAAUACCCAUAAGACCUAAACUUUAUCCUUACAGGAUGACACACAGUCUAACUUCCCAGUCCAACUCUACCUUCUGCCCAGUUUUCUUCAUACUGACUGGCAUCCCAGGGUUGGGAGACAGACAGACCUGGCUGACACUGGUGUUUGGGCCCAUGUAUCUGCUGGCCCUGCUGGGCAAUGCAACACUUCUGACAGUGAUCCAGAUAGACUCUACACUGCACCAGCCCAUGUUUCUACUCCUGGCUACAUUGGCAGCUACCGACUUGGGCUUAGCCACAUCUAUAGCCCCAGGGUUGUUGGCUGUCCUAUGGUUUGGGCCCCAAUCUGUGCAAUACGCUGUCUGCCUCAUCCAGAUGUUCUUUGUACAUGCACUGACUGCUGUGGAAUCUGGUGUGCUUUUGGCCAUGGCCUGUGAUCGUGCUGUGGCAGUGGGGCGUCCACUACACUACCCUAUCUUGGUUACUAAAGCCCGGGUGGGCUAUGCAGUCUCGGCACUGACACUGAAAGCUGUGACUAUUGUGGUGCCUUUCCCCCUGCUGGUAGCACGAUUUGAGCACUUCCGUGCCAGGAUCAUACAUCACGCCUAUUGCGCACACAUGGCAGUCGUGGAGCUAGUGGUGGGUAACACACGGGUCAACAACUUGUAUGGGCUAGCACUUUCAUUGGCUGUGUCUGGUGUAGAUAUUCUGGGCAUUGCUGGAUCAUAUGGGCUCAUUGCCCAUGCUGUGCUUCGGCUGCCGACCUGGGAGGCCCGGGCAAAGGCCUUUGGUACAUGUAGUUCUCACAUCUGUGUCAUCCUGGCCUUCUAUGUGCCUGGUCUCUUCUCCUACCUCACACACCGCUUUGGUCGUCACACUGUCCCAAAGUCAGUGCAUAUCCUUUUGUCCAACAUCUAUUUGCUGCUGCCACCUGCCCUCAACCCCCUCAUCUAUGGGGUCCGCACCAAGCAGAUCAGGGACCGAUUCUUAGAAAUGUUUAAAUUCAGAAAAAAACAGUUUUAA